CUGGCCUCGUUUAGUUAGAUUACGCACUUUCCUCCCUCGAUAAGCAGCAAGAGAGAGAUAUUUUGUAAUUGAAAAAUAUAGCUAUCGAUACUGGGAGAUUGAACUCAUAAGGAAUAUAUUUUCUUGCUGAACAUCGCAUGAAGAAGAUAUUUGAUUUUUUUUUGUUUUUUUGUUUUACUACGUUGAACCGACGUAUGCAGUCCUGAUAGCCAGAGAAGAUGUUUAACAAAUCGUUUGGAACUUCUUUUGGGGGAGGAACCGGGGGAUUUGGGACUGCAUCUAAUUUUGGACAGAAUACUGGAUUUGGAGCUACUGGUGGGUUUGGAACUUCAGCAUUUGGCUCUAGCACUACUGCGGCUGGAGUCUUCGGGAAUAAACCAGUGGUGACAGCAAACCCUCAACAAAUCUACAUUUCUGCUGGUAGAGGAGGUGGUCUCUUUGGUUCAGGUACCUUCAGCCAGCCUGUAACGUCCUCCACCAGCACAGGGUUUGGAUUUGGAACUCCAGGUGGCACCACCACCAGUCUUUUUGGCAGCACCAACACAGGGGGAGGCCUCUUCUCGCAGCAGAGCAAUGCGUUCAGCCAGAGCAAGCCCACCGGUUUCGGGACAUUUGGCACCAGCACCAGCAGUGGUGGUUUGUUUGGUACAACCAGCACAAACUCAAACCCCUUCGGAGGGACUUCUACGUCUCUUUUUGGGGCCACAGGAUUUGGUGCUACACAGACAACUGGAACUACUUUAAAGUUCAAUGCACCCAGUGGAAAUGACACUAUGGUUAAGGGAGGAGUCACCACAAGCAUAAACACCAAACAUCAAUGCAUCACUGCCAUGAAGGAGUAUGAAAACAAAUCCCUGGAGGAGCUGCGUCUGGAGGAUUACCAGGCUGGAAGGAAGGGUCCUCAGAACCCGAUGGCAGGGGGAACUGGUGUGCUGUUUGGUACCCCCACAGCCACAUCAAGUGCUGCCACUGGACUAUUUGGGGCAUCUACCACCAACAAUGGCUUCUCUUUUGGCCAGAACAAAACAGGCUUUGGUGCCAGUACAGGUGGGUUUGGAACCAGCACUGGUAGCCUGUUUGGUCCGCAGCAGGCUGCACCAGGAACCAGCCUUUUCAACAAGUCCUUUAGCCAGGCUACAACCACUCCAAACACAGGAUUUUCCUUUGGCAACACCAACACCAUGGGCCAGGCCAACCCCAGCAGUAUGGGUUUGUUUGGAACCACGCCGGCCUCUCAGUCUGGAGGGCUGUUUGGGAGCUCGACCAAUACCAGCACUGCGACCGCAUUCGGGACCGGCACGGGGCUCUUUGGGCAACCCAAUGUUGGUUUUGGCAACGCUCCCUCGCAGAGCCUCUUUGGUAACAAAACGGCUGGAUUUGGCACCACUACCACCAGUGCAUCAUCUUUUGGUACAGGUACUGGACUCUUUGGGAACAAGCCAGCCCUAACUCUGGGAACCAACACCAACGCCUCCAGUUUUGGGUUUGGUGCAAAUACAGCAGGCAGCAGUCUGUUUGGGAACAAGGCUGGUACAGGUGUACUGGGUACUGGACUGGGGACUGCCUUCGGAGGAACUGUUGGUGCUGGACAUACAUCACUGUUUGGAAAUAACCAGCCAAAGUUGGGCUCCACCCUGGGGGGAGUAGGGUCCUUUGGGACUCCUGGAUUUAAUGCAGCUGCAAGUAACCUGGCCUUUGGAGCACCUCAACAACCAGUUGUGCUGACAGACCCCAAUGCCACCGCUGCACAGCAGGCUGUGUUGCAGCAGCAGAUAAAUGCUCUGGCAUACUCUCCCUUUGGAGACUCCCCUCUGUUCAGAAAUCCCAUGUCAGACCCUAAGAAGAAAGAAGAGCGCCUGAAGCCAACAAAUCCAGCUGCCCAGAAAGCCUUAACGACCCCCACACAUUACAAGCUGACACCACGACCUGCCACACGAGUCCGCCCCAAAGCCCUGACGUCCUCUGGAUCUUCCAAAUCUCAGCUGUUUGAUGGACUGGAUGAUGACGAGCCCUCUCUUGCCAGUGGCUCUUUCAUGCCCAGGAAAAGCAUCAAGAAGUUGGUGCUUAAAAACCUUAAUGGCAGCAGCCUGUAUUCUGAGAUGAGCAGGGAGGCUGAUGACCUUGCUUCUCCAUCUGAUUAUCCAGAAAAUGGCCAGAGGAGCAUUGAAGAAGACUCCCGGCACCAGGAAAAUGAGAGGGAUGAGGAAGACCCAGAGGUGACCAAGUUCUACACCAACCCCAUUGCUAAGCCCAUUCCACACACUCCAGAGGGCAAGCAGACUGUCUCCAUGCAUGAUACCAUUGCAGAGCUCAAUGUGCGCAAUGUCUUACGAAAUGGUCUGGAGGCUAGCAGUGAAGAGGUUUCCCUAGGGGAGGAUUCCCUUCAGGAGGAGAGGGAGGAAGAGCUGGACAACCAGCAGCCCCCACACCCCGCUGGGAUUGUUCUGGCUCGAGUGGGUUAUUACACCAUCCCAUCCAUGGAUGAAUUGGCCAAGAUGACAAAUGAGAAUGGAGAGUGCAUUGUGGAGAAUUUCACUAUUGGCCGGAAAGGGUAUGGGUCCAUUUACUACCCUGGAGAGGUGAACUUGACAAACCUGAACCUAGACGAGAUUGUUCACUUCCGCAGAAAGGAGGUUAUUGUUUACCCUGACGAUCAGACAAAGCCCCCUGUGGGUGAGGAGUUAAACCGACGAGCAGAGGUGACCCUGGAUGGAGUCUGGCCAAAUGAUAAGACGACAUGCACCCAGAUUAAGAGUCUGGAGCGACUGACAGAAAUGAACUACGAGGGACGACUGGAGAAUGCUUCACGCAAGCAGGGUGCUCGCUUCCUUGAGUAUAGGCCUGAAACCGGUUCUUGGGUUUUCGAGGUAGCCCAUUUCUCCAAAUAUGGACUACAGGAUUCUGAUGAGGAAGACGAGGUUCCCCCAUCCAGAACGGAUGCCAAGAAGCUCAAGACAGCCGCAGUCCUUCUCCCAGGACAGCAGCCUCCACCACCAGCCCAGCAGAUGGCGCUAAAUGGCAAACUCACCCCACUACCACCGAGCCCUGGGACGUUGGAGCAGCUGGGGAGAGUGACGGAGCUGGACAGUGACAUGGCUGAUAUCACUCAGGAGCCGCCACCUGACCGCAUGUUUGAGGACGAUGACUACGAUGAGGAAAGACAGGAUGGAGAGAGUCCCACAGAGCAAGAGCCAGUGUCUGCAUCUAGUCACAUUGCAUCCUCACUAGGCAUAAACCCACACACACUGCAGAUAAUGAAGGCUUCCCUGUUUGUGGAGGAUGACGAGUGUGACAUGUUCCAGGAUCAGAGGUUUGGAAAGUUUUCACACAGGAUGGAUGAGUCUCAGGAGAUGGGAUCACCGCGGAUUCUCCUCACUGGUUCUCAGGGAAGGCCCUCAGUGGGAGGGUUACUCCAGUCAAGAUUUAGCAGUGGUUCUUCGCUUUUUUCUAAACCCCAGGAAGCUUCCUCUGGGUUGACCCCCCAGAGACUGCACAUACCAUCAGUGCCCGAGCCAUCCCGUCUCUCCCUCUGGCCCACGCUGGCACCAUCCUUCUUUAUGCCAACACCUGCUCCCGAGGUGCCUCUCCGAACAGUGGGGACCCGUCGUCAGCCGGGCCUGGUGCCCCUGGACCGCUCUGUGACCCUUGGCAAAGGCAAGCUCCUGAUGGACAUGGCGCUCUUCAUGGGUCGCUCAUUUCGGGUUGGUUGGGGCCCCAACUGGACACUGGCUCACUGUGGGGAACAGAUUAGUCAAGCAAAGAGUUUGCCACAGGAUCAUCAAACAGAAGCUAUGGGAUAUGGCUUCCUGCCUAAACCAUCCACGUUCAAACAGAUUUCUGAAUACCCGUUUAAAGUGAACAUGGAGAAAAUAAGUGUGUCGGAAAGGGAUGUGGAGGAGGAUCUCAGUCUCUACCGCAGGCCCCUGGCAAUAGAGUUGAAACACAGCACCAUAAUCACAGAUGAACCCUGCCCCUUGAUCCAGCCGGCCCAGGGAGUAGAUGCACUUCACGACUAUGCUGAAUGGAUCAGUGAGGUGACCAAGGAGCCAGAUUCAGUUGAUGGCACGGUGAGGCAUUGGCAGCUAGUCUGGACACUCUGUGAGGCUUUGUGGGGAAGCCUGGGAGAACUGGACCCUGACUCUGAGAUGCAGAGUGAGUAUCGACAGAGGCUGCAGCGCAGGAGGGCCUUUUCUUUCUGGCUGUCUCGGAGCGCUGCCCGCAGGAUAGAGGAGGAGGUUGCACUGUCCCAACACAAGAGCCAUGUGGAGGCCAUUUUCAGUUAUCUGACUGGAAACCGCAUAAGUGAGGCCUGUAGACUGGCGCAGCAAUCGGGUGAGCACCGGCUCUCUCUGCUGCUAUCUCAGGCAUCUGGCAGCCAGCACAUCAGGGAGCUGCUCUCCAUGCAGUUGGUAGACUGGAACAGGCUGCAGACUGACUCCUUCAUCCAGGAGGAAAGGCUGCGCAUCUAUGCUCUUCUGGCUGGGAUACCAGUAUGGCAGUCUUCAGAAAGUUAUAUCAAUGUCUGCUCACAGCUGGACUGGAAGCGCUGUGUUGCCAUUCACCUCUGGUAUAUGUUGCCACCCACUGCCUCUGUUGCAGAUGCUCUGUGCAAGUAUGAAGAAGCUUUUCAGGGCUCUUCAGAGUGUCAAAAGUAUGCCUGUUCGCCACUGCCCCCUUACCUGGAUGAUUCUCAUCUUGGACUGGAGGAGUCUGAAGAGACAGAAGAAUCGAAGAGGCCGCUUUAUGAUAUCUGCUUUCACCUGCUGAAGCUGUACAGUGACAGACACUAUGAUCUCCAACAGUUGCUUGACCCCUCCACUGUGACGUUUGACAGGCUGGAUUAUAUGCUAAGCUGGCACCUGUGGAAUGUGCUGCAGGCAUUGAACUACUCACACCUGUCUGAGCAGCAACAGGGCUUGCUGCACACCAGUUAUGCUGCCCAGUUAGAGAGUACUGGGCUUUGGGAAAUGUCCAUCUUUGUACUACUACAUAUCUCUGAUGCACAGCAGCGUGAGAGAGCAGUAAGGGAGAUGCUGCGCUUGCACUGCUCCUUAGUGGAGACACGGGACUCCGCUGAAAAGGAGCGCUUCCUUACUGAAAAUCUCUGUCUACCAGUGCAGUGGAUACACGAGGCCAAGGCCACGCGUGCAUGCCAGGAGGGAGACAAACACAAAGAGGCGCUGCAUCUUUUCAAGGCUGGACAUUGGAACCAGUGCCACAAACUGGUCACCCAGUACCUUGCCUCGGAUGCUAUUAUCAAUGAGAACCAUGGCUACCUGCUGGAGUUCCUGGAGGGGCUCGCGUCUCCAGAUCGCUGCACUGUUAUCCAAGACUGGGACAUCUCUGGCAGGGUCUUUCUUGAUUACAUUCAUGUCCUUCAGACAUUGGAUGGUAUACAGAAGUUGGAGGGUCCUGGCUAUGAGUUGGAGCGACUACACACCGAGGUGACCUCUCUAUGCAGCAGGAUAGAGCUCAUUCAGUGUACAACAGCCAGGGACAGGCUCGCCCAGUCGGAGAUGGCUAAACGGUUGGCUAAUAUUCUCCGAGUGGUGCUGAGUCUUGGAUGGGAGGGUGCUCCAGACCUACAACGUGUCCCGCUCCGCCACUUGGCACCACAUAUUGGCCACUUGCCCAUGCCAGAGGACUAUGCUUUGGAGGAACUCCGUGGUCUCACUCAGGCUUAUCUUCGCGAACUUAUUGUUAGCCAAUGAGGUGCCUGCUACAAGUACAGGGAGGAUAGACUUUGGAGUGGGGAGGACAGACAGGCAGCCUGAGAAACCCCAAUCCGAGAAACUCGCCAUUCUUUUGAAGCAGAGAAAGUUGGGUGCAUUGCUUUAACUGGUUAUCCCAGUGCUUCAGAAACAGUAAUGCAUUCCUGUGUUGAAGGGUGGGGAUAAAGGGGAUAAAUUAGCUCGAAGGCUAAGUUUGUAUGUUUAAUAAUUAAACUAGUUUUUCCUGUAGCUCAUUCUUAACCAGUUUCUUGUCCUUUCUCUAUGUGCCCUGUUUUAUAGGGAAAUUCAUCAUGAGUGAGUUUUUGGCACACAAGAAAAUAUCAUAGAAGUUGCAAAUUAUUUUCACUGGAGUGAAUACAAUUUACCACAGUAUAUCUCAGCCCCUAAAUAAACCUUUAAUGGUAUAUCUAAAUUUCUAAUGUUUUAAAAAAAAAAAAAAAAAAAAAAAAAAAAAAACUGUUCUCUCCAACCCUAACAUCUGGCAGACAGCUGUUAGGUUCAUGAAAUAAUAGAUCACGACUGUGACAUUUUUGUACCUCAUUAUGCCCAAGUACCAUAUUCUAGGGUUGUUGGAGUGAUCUGUUGGUCAGUCAAAGUCUGUGGAGCAGAAUACGUGUGCCCCACAGCACUUUGGAAAGCAGGACAAGAAGUGGGGGAGAAAGGGGAUUUGGUGUAAUCUGAACAAACACACAACAUGGAUUUGAAUGGACAAUUUAUUUGUCAUUUUUGUGGGGUAACCUUUUAAUCUUUAUACUACAUAGAAUGUAUUACAUUUUUUUGUUCACAUAGGAAAAUGCUUAAAAAGUUCAAGUGUGGAUACAAUAAUCUCUGGAAUAGGUUAUUGCACUUAAUUUGAAUGCCUACAUACAUUGUUUCAUAGCCAUUGCCAUAAAUAAAUCCUGGUGAGAAAACUUGCUCCAGCUCUAAGUUUCCUUAAGUAUUGUAGACUUAAAUUGCAUGUUGACAAAACAUUUAGGUGGUUAAGGUUAAUUUUGGAUAUUUCUAAAAUUGUUUUAAAGAAUAUCAAAAUAAAGCAAAUAUUGAUAGAUUCCUGAGUACCAAAGAAAUUCAUUAUUUUAAUUGCAACAGUACCCCUGAACUGCAUACUGGAGAUAUGCACAGUAUGAGCUUCCAGCUGUAUUUUAUUUUAAUUGUAGUCUGAGGUUAAGAGAAAAACAAUUGUGCCGAAGGCUUUUGUAAUGUCCUUGCAAACUGUCUUAUACAAAUGCAUAUGUACUGUGAGCUUCUGUAACUGCUACAGGUCACAUAGUUGGCACUUAAACACAACAACUUAAAAAAAAGAAAAAAAGAAUUAAGGUCUGCAUUCUGUAAUCCAGUUAUUGUGGUAAGAUUAGAGAAAGCAUUGUAUUUAAAUUCAACAAUCCUACUUUUGUUGAAAUGUAGCUUGGAACAGAAGUAGCAGAGGCAUUUUUUUAACUUAUUGUUUUGUUAAAGGAAGGUAGUGUGUCAUGUUUUCCAGGGUGUAUGUUAAUAUUGAUGUUUUUCAAGAAGUUACUGAAUUGAUCCAGCUAGUCAAGAGGUCCAUCUUGGCUUAUCAGUAAUGGAAUACAUACCUCCUGGAUUUGCAAGGUCUUUGUCCCAUGCCAACUUAAAAAAAAAAAAAAAAAAAAAACGAAAUAAAAUUAAUAAACAAAACAUUCAGCUUUUGUAUGAGUAUUUUAAGUAGUCAGAAGAGUGAAAUCCCAGUUUAGUUUGUUUAUAUUGAAGAAGACUCUUGCAUUUAUAAACGUAUUGUUUUGAUCCCAGAUUUAAAUGUUGACUCAUUGAAAGGUAUGGCUUGGUACUUCCUAUUGUACAUAAUGUAUUUAAUGUGGACCCUUUCUGCAGCUGGAGGAAUAGCACCCUCUAGUGUCUGUGCCUUCUAGGAAGAGGAUCUGUUGCUGUCGCCCCAAGGGCUUUGGCAGCAUAUGUAUGCAUGGCUGUAUCUGUUUUUAUUUAAAGAAUGAAAUGAAUAAAUGAUGGAUUCUAUUUUGUCUUUUCAAAAA